AGAAAAAUAUGGCGGUCCGAUUAAUAGCCUCCGAUAUGCUUAGCUAGAAAACAAUCUUGUCUUAAAUACUGAUAAUAUUUAUUCUCAUUUUUAAAAUCAAUAAUAUUAUAUAUAUCUUAUAUUCUAUCUUAUAGAUAGUUUAUUUUUUAAAACUCUAAAUUAUUUUUUUAAAAAAUAGAUAUUAAAAAAACUUUAGUUUUUACUGCAACGUGAUAUUGCUACAAACGUUAAAUUUAACUGCAUUAAAAACUUUGGUUAUGUCAGACAAUGAAAAAGAUAGCCAUCAUAAAAAAAAGUCAAACAUAAAAUCUCCAGAACAUAACUCAAAACAUUUAAAACGAAAAAUAACUCAGGAAGAAAAAGAGGACGAAUUAAGAGAAAGACUUAAAAGGAAAUACAUUGAGCAUGAAUUAAACUCAAAGAAAAGUACUAAAAACAAAGAAGAAAAAAGUAGCAAAAAAAAACAGGACAAAAUUAAAAAUAAUAAACGUGAUGACUAUCUAAGUGAUAAUUCAGAUCUAGAAUAUCAUUGUACAAAAAAGAAAAAAAAGUUGUUAGAUACAAAAUACAAAAGUGAUAAUGACUAUACACAAAAGUAUGAUAAACACUCCAAAAAUCAAGAUAAAUCGAUAAAUACAAACAAUAAAAAAAACAAAAGUGAAAGACAUUCAAUUAAAUCUAAUAGGGAUAGUAGAGACAAUAUUGAUUUUUUAAAUAAUGAUACAAAUAACCACAGAGAUGAUUAUAACUCUAAUAAUAGAAAAUCAAGGAGUUGGGACAACAGUUCGAAAAAAGAGUUAUUUUCUGGUUCCAAAUCGAAGCCUAAUAUAAAAAAAGAAGAACCUAAUUUUGCUUUAUCUGGAAAAUUGACGGAAUAUACUAACACUUACAAUGGUGUGGUUAUAAAAUAUAAUGAGCCUCCUGAAGCACGAAAACCCAAAACAAGGUGGCGUCUUUAUCCCUUUAAAGGCGAUGUUGCACUUGAGAUGCUACAGCUUCAUAGGCAAAGUGCUUUUAUGUUUGGGAGAGACAGAAAGAUAGCAGAUAUUCCUGUCGAUCAUCCAUCUUGUUCAAAACAACAAGCUAUUUUGCAAUUUCGUCUUAUGGAAUACAAGAGAGAUGAUGGUUCUAUUGGUAAGAGAGUUAGACCUUAUGUAUUAGAUCUAGAAUCUACUAAUGGCACAUUUCUAAACAAUAAGAAGAUUGAGCCUCGAAGAUAUUAUGAGAUGUUUGAAAAAGAUGUUUUAAAGUUUGGCUUCAGUUCUCGUGACUAUGUACUCUUACAUGAGAAAUCGAAAGACGAUGAACCUAAUGAAGAUGAUAAUGGAGAGGAUGAGGAAAUAGAAAAGAAAGAAUGAUUUAAAUUGUAAAUUAUUGUCCUGAAAAAUAUUAUGCUGUACAAAUUUUUUUGUAUUGUUAAUUUAAGAAUUUAAA